AUGCCGGAAUUAGCUCCCUCCAAUACUCCUCUCCAAAGCAAAGCUGCCACUCAACAGAAAUACCCACCUGUCCCCAAGGUUUGUGUGGUGACUGGUGGAACUGGCUUCGUCGGAUUGAGGCUGGUCGAAAUGCUGGUGGAACGAGGUGCUGAAAAGGUCAUUUCGCUCGACAUUGUCCCUCCACCCGAAAAUGCUUGGAAGCAUCCCAAGAUUGAAUGGCGCAUUGGUUCCAUUACGGAUCUCGAAACCGUCCGCGACGUCUGCAAGGGCGCCGACUGUGUCUGGCACAAUGCCGCUGCCGUCGGGCCCUUUCACCCAAAGCCGCUUUAUUACAAGGUCAACUACGAAGGAACCUUGAACAUUAUGAAGGCCUGUGAAGAAUUCGGAGUCAAGAAGAUUGUCAUGUCCUCCUCUCCUUCCACUCGUUUCACUGGCGAAGAUGUGGAUGGCCUCACCGAAGAACAAAUGCCCCAAAUUCCCCUCAAGAAAUACCUCCAAACGUAUGCGGAAACCAAGGCCAUGGGGGAAGUGGAAAUGCUCAAAAUGGAUCAAUCCAAAUGCAUGACCAUUGCUGUGGCUCCUCAUCAAGUUUACGGUCCUCGGGAUAACCUGUUCUUGCCCAACUUGUUGGAAGCGGCUGGGAAUGGUAAACUCCGUGUCUUUGGAGAAGGAAAGAAUAGAAUUUGCUUUACUCACGUGGACAAUUACUGCCACGGAUUGAUCCUUGCGGAGCGUGCGCUUCAGCCCGAAUCCAAGGUCCUAGGCAAGUUUUACAUUGUCACGGACGGUACCACCCACCCCAAGGGCGAGCAAUACCUCAUCUUUUGGGAAAUUCUGGACGAAGCCAUUGUGGCAAUGGGAUUUACCAGUAUUUGGAAAAAGGUCCAUCUGCCCACCUGGUUGCUAUUUGGACUUGCCUACAUUUGCGAUUUUCUUGGAUCCUUGCUCGGCAAGACUUUCAAAUUGAGCUACUUUAACGUCUUGGUCUUGACCAUGCAUAGGUGGUUUGAUAUUUCGGCCGCCGAAAAGGACUUGGAUUUCAAGCCAAUUAUUGGGUUCCGAGAGGGAUGGGAUGAAACCAAGGAAGUCUUCCAAAAAACUUGGUUGCCCACGUUCCGAAAGGACAUGUCGUUGCUUGGAAUUUCCGACAAGACGCAAGAAAAAAUUGAUAUUCAAGACGGAAAGAAGGAUACCAUGAGUUCUGACAAGCCAAAGGACCAAGUCGAGUCGGUGUAG